AUGCAGUUGUUGUAUAGCAUUCCAUUAGUGUUGUUGCUGCUGCUGCCAGUGGGAAGUGAGUCGGCCAGUGAUUUUUUUGCUUAUGAGCGCGGCAAGUGCGAAAUUGCAAUAAGCGACGUCUUGGAGGGCUUGGUUAAAACGAGCUUAAGACGUUUGACAAACCCGUCAGAACGCGUUAGCCAGGCCAACCUUUUACAGUACGAUCUCUAUACGCCGCGCAAUCCACAAGAGCGUCAAAUUCUGCGUUCAGGGAAUGUACAGCUGCUAAGGAAAUCAAACUUCAAUGGCAAAUGGCCAGUCAGAGUCGCCAUACACGGCUGGACGGGCAAGAGCACCACCUGUUACAAUGCUGCCAUUAAGGAUGCGUAUUUGUCGCGCGGCAACUACAAUGUGAUCAUCAUGGACUGGAGCUACCAGGCUAUGGACAUUAACUACUCUCGCGUGUCCAAGCAGUUGCGUUCGAUUGCUGCCAGUGUUGCGAAAUUUCUGCACUUUCUCCAUAGCAGUGCGGGCGUGCCCUAUGAACAGAUCUAUUUGGUGGGCCAUAGUGCAGGCAGCCACAUAGCCGGGCUAACGGGCAAGCAUCUGAGCCCGGCGCGUCUGGGCGCCAUCUUUGCGCUGGAUCCAGCGGGUCUUUCACAACUCGGCCUGGGACCCACUGAGCGCCUGGCACCCACGGAUGCCAUUUAUGUAGAGUCUAUACACACGGAUCUGGAGCUGCUCGGCAAUCCGCAGGGCACUGAGCUCAGCCAAGCAGCAAUCUUUCCCAACUGGGGCCUUGGCCAACCGCACUGCCCAAACGCAACUGCCACAGAAUUUGACAUUAGCUGCGACCAUUUUGCUUCCCUCUUCUAUUUUGUAGAGUCUGUGCGCCGGCCUAAGCUCUUUGGAGCGGUACGCUGCAACUCACUGAAGAGCGUACGAAAGUUCACUUGCGGCUGCAACAACAGCGCCAAAUACACCAAGUUCAGUGCGGUUGCAUGUCCCGCCGAUUCAUACAUGGGUGGCGAGCCAGCUCAGCCCAAAAAGGGAGUCUUUUACGUCAGCACACUACGGCAGCCGCCUUAUGGCACCGCCGAUGGCCUAGUUCACAUGCAACCACCUAAAAUGUCAACUAUUAGGGAAACGCGACGAAUAUUUGCUUAAAUGCAGACAGGAGCAACAGAGGCGAAUAACCAAAAAGUGAUCCUUAGGCUAUAAAUCUAUCCUAUAAGAU